AUGAUUCCCAUUUUCUCAGACACUAUGGAACUAUUGAAAGACUCAUUUUCAGAGUUGACAACGGUAGUUCAUGUGGCACCUAAUCGGCAUGUGGAAGAAUAUGUCAGCAAAGCUGUUCGUGAGUGGCCUGUAUCUGUAGUAUUGAUUCCUGGAGGAUCUCCACAGCUGAAGUAUGAUGCAUAUAGUGUCAGUGACAAAGAACCUUUGCACUUGGGUGUAUUUAAGAUAACAGAGCAUAGACCUGGAUGCAAUUAG